CUCUGGCCACACUGCGCUCUAGGAUCUUCAAACCCCUCAAUCUGAAUUUUAUUUGUCUUUUUUCGUGUUUUCCAUGAUAAAAAAACAAACUUUUAGGGGCGCAAAUGUUCGGAAUAUAUCUACUUUUUCAGUAGAAAAGUGUUUGCUAAGAACUUCCCCAUAGAAUCUUGAAAGUAUCGAAUAACGCGAUAUUUGUUUGGCCAGCCCUGCAGUGGGGGUCUUGUUUUUUUUUGUUAUUUACCUGUUUUACUAGGAAAAUCAAAUCUGCGAGGAAACCGAGGAGUUUUCCGGAAAGAAGAGCAGAGAUCAUGGACGGCGACAAGCAGCUGGAAAAGCAGCUGGAGAAGGAGCUGGACGAGAUGCCGGCGCAGGAUUUGGACGAUGACACCUACGAUGAGUACGACCUCGUAGUGAUCCCCGAUCAAACAAAGAGCCCGCCGAAGCAGCCGGAGAUCGAGGAAGUGAAGAGCGAUGAUGAAGAGGAGGAGCCGGCUGUGGAGAACUUGCGCCAGCGGAUGCGACCAUCCUGGCCACCAUCGUCCGCUGGCGAAGAUAUGACCACAAUUGAACUCAUAUCCUCGGACGAUGAACCUUCGGUGGAGGAGGGAGCGGGAGCCGGCAAGGGUUCGUCCUCCACCAGCAGCGAUGAUGUGAGCGUGAUCGAGGACUCCGACAGCGAGUUGUCCAGCGACAGCGAAAGCGAUGCUCCCGGGGGCAACCAGCUGGAGCGAUCCUACCAGGAUCUAAUGGCCCUGCCCAACAAACAGUUCGCCCAGCUGGUCUCAAUCAGCGAAAUAGCCUUCAAACUCAACGACCUGGAGAAGAUUGAAUCAUCGUUGCUUGCGCUGCUAAAGGAAGCUACUGUGCCGGCCCACAUCUGGCUAAAAUACCUCAAGGCCCGACUGGUGGUGACCCAAACGACCGACGAGCGCAAGGCCUUCGAGGAGAAGUGCUCAAAAGCACUGAGCUACUACUACAACAUACCGCUCUCCGAAUUCAUUGUGAACUACCUGGUGGAUCAAGGAAAUGUGGAAAAUCAUGUGCUGUGGGCCAAACUGCUGGCGGAUUACGACGUAGAGCGUCCUGAUUUUGGCGACAAGCUACGACCGCUGCUUUCGACCAUCGCCGAUGAAAAAGAAGCCGCCGCAUUUGAAGAACUCCUGCAGAAGCACUGCGUCAGCUGGAAAUGCAGCCAAGUGCAGCGAGAUAUAAUCAAACCGAUUGUGGACGACUUUAAGCGUCAUCUCGACGAGAUGAAGACUCAGCACAGUGACUGGGAUUGGUCCAAGAUACACAAGAGCCACGUGGAGGAGGUGCAAUCGCUGGCCCUAGACGAUGACUUGAAAAACGCUGUGAUCCGUUUCAUAUUUGAACGCACCGUGGCCAAGUUUCCCAUAGCCGAUAUCUUGUGGCUAUCCUACAUCCAAUUCAUCCAGGCCGAAGGCGAAGGCGGCAGCGUGGAAGAAGACGAGGAAACCGCGGAGGCGGCGGCCAAAAGAGCAAGCCGCCUGAGCAAAGGGUUCUUGCGCAGCACGGCCCUCGAUUUGGCCAAGCGUGGAGUCCGAAGUCGUCCCAGCGUGCGUCUGAAUCACAGGUUCCUCGAUCUAAUGGAGCGCGCCGACUUCGAGCAGCCCGAAGUUGACGCCCAGAUCCGCACGAUUCUGCAGCGCAUUGUCCCGGACAUGAACAUGACGGUGGAGCUGCACCUGGACUAUCUGGCCUAUCGCGUGCGCAACACCAAUGCCGGGGAUGAGGAGCAGGCCGCCAGUUUGCGUGCCGCCUUCGCUCGCGUCUGGGAAGAGCUAUCUGCCGUCUAUGGCGACGAGGCGGACACCAGGUACGAGGUGCUGCAAUUGUGGGCACAGGUUGAGUACACACACCUGGCCAGUCCGGCCAACGGCUCGCACAUUUGGCGGCAGAUCAUGGGCUAUCCUGGCAGUUCACAUCGCGGCCUGCUCUGGCUGGGUUUCGCCCAGAUGGAAAGCGAAUACAAUGCUGGUCAGGGCACGCGUGAUGUGCUGCGUGAGGCUCUAUCACAGCCCGCCCUGGAGGACGGCAUCAUGGUGCAGGAGCUAUAUCGACGCUACGAGCGCUGCUACGGUACCUAUGAGUCCAUAGCGGCCUGUCAGGCCCUUGAGUUGCCCGCCGACUACAUGAGGCAGCGUGCCCGUGUGAAGCCCAGUUCCCAUCAGACGAUUUCGCGCCAGCACCAACCAUCACAGAAUCACGGUGAGCCCUUGAAUCGCGAGCAGCGACGUCGUCAGGCGCAUCAGCAGCAGCAUCAGCAAAAGCAGCCGCAGCAGCAGGGCACCAAAAGGCCACUGGCCAAGCUCGUUGCUAAAACUGCAUCACAGGAUGGUCCGCCGCCAGCAUCGAAGGCCAGACUCACUGCACAUCCCGCUGCAGAGAACCGAGAAUCUAACUUUAAGUAUUCGCCACACUUGGAGAGCAAUAAGAUCUUUUUGAGAAACCUGCAUCCCGCCUGUUGCAAAGAGGAGCUGCAAGACCUGUUUAAGCCCUAUGGCAACAUCAAAGAUGUCCGCCUGGUGCACAAACAGAACAAACAGUUUAAGGGCAUUGCGUAUGUGGAGUUCGAAUUUCCAAAGGAAGCCCAAGCAGCGGUGGCUAUGCGCGAUGGUUACCUGUUGAGGGGCAUGAAUAUUGCCGUGGCCAUUUCAAACCCACCGCCAAGGGGUUCCUCGUCCGAUCUUCCCAAGCCCAGUGUGGCGCCCAAAAGACGCGUGCCCACCUCGCUGAUACCCACGACACUGGUGCGCCAGGAGGUGGCCGCCAAGAAGCGGCGCCUGCUACAGGUCACCAAGGACGUCGACGACGUCGCCGGCGAGCCAACCACAUCAACGUCGUCAGCGGUUGACGACACCACUGAGCCAGAGGCUAAUGGCAAAUCGGUCAAUCCAUUUAAGGAAAAUGACAAGGAAAAGGAGCCAGCCGCUGUGCCCAAGUCAAAUGAAGACUUUCGCAAGCUAUUUCUUAAGGAUUAGGCCAUAAUCCCUACGGUCGAGCCGUAAAACCACAACGAGUACACCGUAUUCAAAGACGAAUAUUCGGAAUUUAAAUUAUAAGUUUUAGACAACCCAAACUGAACGAACCAAAAGUUUAAAACAAAGUGUACAAAAUGAAGCGAACGCGUAGACAACGAUUGUUUCGAUACAUAAUUGGUUUUAAAUGUGCAAAGUUGUUAAAGUGAACCAAAUGGAAAUUUUAGACAGAGAUUAAGAAGUACAUUUCAAUUUGUUGCAGAAAUAAUAUCUGAUAAUAAACAUGUUUUAUAUACAUA